AUGGGUAAGAGGUUAGAUCUUCAAUGCCUUCGGGGCAUUGCCAUUCUUGAGGUAUUGCUAUUUCACUUCUGGCCGAAACAUUUUUUUAAUGGUUACAUAGGAGUAGACUUGUUCUUCGUUCUCUCUGGUUACCUGAUCUCUAUGAUUCUCCAUCGUAGUUCACUACCUCUUUUGGAAGUUUUCAAGAGCUUCUACUACUCUCGAAUCAAAAGAAUCUUCCCAGCUUACCUUCUCUUCACACUACUCACUUUGAUUUCUCUCUUCUUCCUGUUUCCGCAGACAAAUAUAGCUCUCAACAUAAUUUCCGCAUUUCCUGCUCUGUUCUUCUAUACAAACUUUCUAACUGUUGAUGGAGAGUCUCGAUAUGAAGCCAUGCUAGCUGUCUCGGACAAUUUAUUCACUCAUACAUGGUCCCUUGCCGUGGAGAUUCAAUUCUACCUAUUUGUUCCAUUCAUAUACGUAUCAGGUCGAUUCUUGGGAACACAAAAGUCAGUACUGCUCGUUUUCGUGUUAAGUGUUGCUUCGCUGUUCAUCUACUUUCUCGCGGAUGAGAAUACGUCUUUCAACUUUAUGUUCGCUCGUUUAUGGCAGUUCUUGGCUGGUUACAUUGUUUAUCUCCGAAGCCACAUAGAAAAGCUCAACCUUGAUGAUAGAAAAGCUGAGCUUAGGGACGUCGCUCUAGAAGCCAUACCUCCAAAGAAGACGCCGGAGGAGAACCCAGUGGAAUCGGAAAAUGUCCAGUUUUUGAUUGAGGGAACGCAGCGAGUAGUACUGAUCGCAUUGCUCGUUUUAGGAUUUACCCCUGAACAAGAGUACAGCAAAAAUCUUUUGAGAGGACUAACUACAAUAUUAGCAGCAGCCUUCAUCUACCUCGGGGGAAAAACAAAAAGCUGUAUUCUCAACUUUCAACCUUUAUACUAUCUGGGAGAUAUUUCUUAUAUUUUAUACCUCAUUCAUUACCCCGCUCAUGUUUAUCUUCAACUGAAUCAACAAGUAUCCCACAGCGCCAAGUUUGUUGGAAUUGCUGUGACGUUUAUCCUGGCUAUCCUUGUUCACGAGCUGUUUGAGAAGUUCUAUUUAAAGCUGAAACACAAGCCUAUACUGGCACUCGUUUUUCUACUGUACCUGAGUAAUAUAAUCUUCGUCGUGUUCAGCCCACAAGUGGAACAUCUUGUUUUCGGACAGGAGUUUGAUUACCGUGAGAUAAUACAGAACCGAAAAGCUUAUAAAAUAGAUGAUCUCAUAAAAAUGAAUAGUCAGCUUAAUAGGCAAGACAGACCACUCUUGAGGUAUCCCAACUGUGUGUAUGCAGAUGGAAGAGGACCUUUUGGAAUUUGUCAUACACCUAUUAACCCUGAAAAAUCUCUAACGGCUUUGGUGAUUGGCAACAGCUUCGCCACUAACCUGUUUCGUGGUUUCUACCCUAUAUGUCGAAACUCCUUCAGAAAUAUUACUAUGAAGAGUUUUACAGGUUGUGAAGUGUUAUGGGACAGCCUAGAGUUCAAACCAAAAUAUGAUUGUACAGGAGUUCAAAAGGGGUUCAUCAAUGAUGUUAAAUCUGCAAAACCCGACUAUCUCUACAUCAUCUCCAGGCACAUAUUUUUAACUUCAUUCAAUACAUUAGAACAAGAGGAAAUCGUAAGAAGAAUCGAAUUAGUAAAACAAAUAGUCAAGAGCUUCGAAAAAAACGUGAAGAAGAAGAUUUUCAUACUCACUUCUUACGUCUGGUCCCCUGAUGAAGUAGUAGAAAAGCUGAAUGAGGCUAUGAAACGAAAACAUGGUACUCGCAACCUUCUUCCUCCAAAUGAACCUCCAAUGAUUUAUGUGAACAAAUCCGAAGAAGGCCGAAUGAUUAUUCGGAAUGCUACAGCUGACUGCUUGAAGUGUGAAAUAAUGGAUGUGAACCCCUAUUUCUUAAACAAAAAGAAUGAAUUCCAGUAUUAUGACGAUCGUAAUGGAUUGUCGUACUUCGUGAAUUCCAAACACUUUUCAUCAUAUGGAAUUGAAAAAAUAGAACCAAUGUUUAAAGAAUUUUUCCGAUGCCAGUUUGGAGAAAUCUAUAAAGAAUGUGCAACUUGUGAGUCAACAUGUGCAGAACCUAAUCCCAUUUGUACUCAGGAAUGUCGCCCUGCAGCUUGUCAGUGUGCUCCUGGCUUGGUCCGACAUCGAGGAAGAUGCAUCCAACCAUCUCUAUGCCAAGCUCCCAUCACCCAAUGUGGUAUAAACGAAGUCUACAACGAGUGUGGUAGUAUGUGUGAGCCUCAAUGUAACAUGAUCCUCGGAGUAGUUGUGAGACCUCAAGGAUGCAUUGCAGUGUGCAGGGCAGGAUGCGAAUGCGCCCCUGGACAUGUCAGACUCAACGGAGUCUGUUUACCAGAAACUAUCUGUAGAAGAUACUUUUGA